CUUAUAAAAUGAAACUCAAGGAAUUAGCACACAUAGGAUUCUUGGUUACUUAUUCGAAAAUUGAAAUUAAUAAAAUCAAUAGUUCGUGGACAAUUCAGUUUACCUAAAAGUUAAAUUGAAAGUUUAUUAGAAAAAUGGAAAAGAGCGAGAAAGUUGGCAUUGUUGGAAGCGGUCUCAUUGGUCGAAGUUGGGCAAUGCUGUUUGCCAGUGUUAAUUACAGAGUAUCUUUGUAUGAUAUUGAAAGUCAGAGAGUGGAUGAAGCUCUUCAACUGAUUCAAGAAGACCUAAAGACGUUACAAACUAAAGGCUACCUCCGAGGUACUUUAUCUGUUGAACAGCAGCUCAAAUUAAUAUCUAAAAGUGACACUUUAUCUGAAUGUAUGGAAGGUGCCAAACAUGUUCAGGAGUGUGUCUUUGAAAGAUUGGAUUUGAAACAAAAAAUUUUCAAAGAAUUAGAUAAGUUGGCUACAGAUGAAGUUGUUUUAUCUAGUUCAACAAGUUGCUUCGUACCAUCAAGUUUUUCAGAGGGCUUAAAACAUCGCAGGCAAGUGAUUGUUAGUCAUCCGGUAAGUAUGAAAAUAAUUCUGUUGUCCUAUAAUGAAAGCAAUUAUUUAUCCCAAAAAUGGACUGAUCCUAGGAUUGUUACUCAAACCCGUUGCUUGAUGGAAGAGAUUGGACAAAAACCAGUGACUUUAAAUAAAGAAAUUAAUGGAUUCAUCCUCAAUAGAAUUCAGUAUGCAAUAAUUAAUGAAUGUUGGAGAUUAUUAGAGAGUGGAGUGACAUCUUUAGAAGAUGUAGACACUAUCAUGACAGCUGGACUUGGAAUGAGAUAUGCCUUCGUUGGACCUAUAGAGACAAUCCACCUUAAUGCAGCUGGUAUAAAGGAACUUAUGGAAAGGUAUGGACUAAAUGAUAGAGACAAAUGUUUCAUUACAAAUAUACUUUAUUUGAAUUCUGUGGCUAAAUUUCCAUAG